GGAAAAGUAUAAAAAUUAUGUUGCGCUAAAUCAAACACUACAAGCAAUCCGGAUCUAACAUUUGUCUAUUAAUUAUUUAAUUUAAAGAAAAAACAUGUCUAAGUUUGUUUUGCUGUUGAUUUCUAUGACUAUAUUUGAUAAGACAGCAAAAUCGCAAUAUCUCCGGCAGCAACCCUACAGCAUAACUCCAAGACAAAUGCCGGAAUACAUCGAAGGGCCCAGAGUUUACGACGGACCAAGGAUCUUCGAGGGCCCUAGAUUCUACGAUAGUCCCAGGCUCAUCGAGAGUCCGAGGCUCAUUGAGGGCCCUAGGCUCAUCGAGAGCCCUAGAGUGAUAGAAUCCCCUAGGAUAUACGAAGCGUCAAGGAUCAUCAACCAGCCUGUGAUAACCGAGACACCAUGCAACAGUGUCGCUCCAAGGGUUCCAUCGGCCACGAUAAUUACGGACUGCACUCCGACCGUCUGCAAGAACUUGGCCAACACAAUCCAGUUAAUGAUCAUCUGUAAUUUACUACAGAACACAAAGGGUGGUCCCGAAUUGGCUUUGCAGUUGGCAUCUCCGGUACUAAACGAAGUUUUUACUUCGCCGGUCUUUUCAUGCGGCUGUCCUAAUCCGUUCUCGCCUAACGUCGUUUCUCCUAAAGCGGUUUCCCCUAGCAUGGUCCCUAACUUUAUAACGGCAGCUUUUAACAGCCCCGUAAGUAAUGCACAGCCGACAUGCAGCUUGUUAUCGAAUCUCAUGAGCUUAUUUGGUAACUCUAUAUAAACCCAAUUCAAUUAUGGUCAUCCAAUCUAUUUAUUUAUUUAUUUAAUAAAUUAUUCAAUAAAUUAUUUCUUUGACA